GGUUCUCUUCUUUCCGCGUGCACACGUCUUAAUACCUCCACCUCUCUCCACCUCUCUCCACCUCUCUCCACCUCUGGACUCCUCUUUGUUAAGUCCCACUGGGAGAGACUGGCUCUUUCCCUCUGGGAUGAAGCUGCACUGAGACCUUCUGUGCGUGUGUGUGUGUGUGUGUGUUUGUGCGUGUGGUGGGUGUCUUUCCUCACCAUGGCGACGGCUCUGCCCGUCUGUUACCACGGCGCCAUCAGCAUGAAGCAGUGUGAGGACCUUCUGGGGGCGAAGCACAAGGACGGAGCGUACCUGAUCCGGGACAGUGAGACCAUCCAGGGGGCCAUGUGCCUCUGUGUGUAUAAACAGAGGGUGGUGUACACGUACAGACUGAUGCAGACACACACUGGACACUAUAUGCUCAUGACUGCAGGACACGUCAAAGAGACAUUUUUCAAGACUCUGGACGACCUGAUCCGUCACUUCAAGAAGAGGAACCAGGGCCUGGCCAUGCACCUGCGCCACUCCGUCAAAAGGAAGACGGCCAUGUUGAUCACGCUCCCAAGAGCCCCCCAACCCCCGCAGCCCCCGGCGCCGCCCAACGAGGGGGACGACGACGACUACGAGAAUGUUCCCAGCUCCGAUUACGUGGAAGUCUUGCCUCCCUGAACGUCCCUCGCAUUGAUCUCCAGACGCGUGGACAGAGGACGUGUCUCAACGUUCUCAUGCCGGACUAACUUCAGAGGCGAGAAGGAGGACAUUUGGACAAAUGGACACACGAUGAAGAGCAGGACUCUCCGUCUGCUUUCAUGUCUGUAAAUAGAAGCGGAGGCUGAGGAAUCGUGGUCCCCUGAGGGCGAACCGUAAUCCUUCUGUCCAUGCUUUCCCCUUUGAGCUUCCUUUGAUCUUCUGCUCCAGUCCCUCAAACUCAUGGCUUCGUGCAGUGGGCUACUAGAGCGCUAUUGUUAGCAUGCUAAGCUAAGAUGGCGAACGUCAUGAGACGAUGUACACAUGCUAGUGUUAGCAUGCUAAGCUAAGAUGGCGAACGUCAUGAGACGAUGUACACAUGCUAGUGUUAGCAUCGAGGUGGGAGAAAAGAUGAGUGACAAUCAUGCUUUAUUGUCUUAUGAGAUGUGUGAUCUUCUUUAAUGCGCCGCUCUCUGUCUGAAGGAUCGUUUUUUUUACUUUCUGCUCGGUACAUUUCCAGCUUUCCAGUGACCUUUCAUUUGUGUUCAGCUGAGGAACUAAAGCGCAAUAUCUUUCACGCCAGCUGUGAGACAAACUGAAACAGGAAGUUGGCAUUUUUUGACCUUCGGCCCAUUUUUCACUUAAAGCAGCAACAAUCGAUCCGACCUGCACAGACAAAACGAUUUCAGGGUUCAGAGGAAAACAAAACUGAUUCACAGUUUUAGAUUUAAGGCACAAGUAGAUUCAGUAUCUUCCUAAAAAAUGUGAUGUUAUUUCACAGCAAGACAGGUUUUGUGGUUUUUGUGGUUCAUUUGAUGAAUAUGAUGGACAUUGUUCCGUGAGCUUAGCUGAACUAGCUUUCUUCUAGAAUAGGCUGAUUUAAGUAGAUAAAACAAUGUGACGUGACUCAUUGCUUGUGUCUGGACAUCAAGUUUGAAGUAGCAGAUGUUUAUAUUUAUUAAAACUUUUUAUACCCAAAAUAACUGAAGCAUCCAACUGAGAUUAUGAAUUAUGUCUUUGCUUUACAGCUUGAUUUUCACACACGAGACGUAGACUCAUAGACACGUAUACAUGUGUGUGUUUGUCCUCACUGCACUUCCUGUCUGCCUUCACACGCCUCCACAAGAAGUGUGACUCUCUCUCUCUGCUUUAACACCCCAGGAGCAACAUUUGUUUUUUAGGGCAAUUUUCUUAUAUAUAUAUAUAGGCUUAUUUAAGUAAAUAAAAUGAUGUGAUGUGACUCAUUGUUUGUGUCUGGGGGGUCUGGACAUCAAGUUUGAAGUAGCAGAUGUUUAUAUUUAUUAAAACUUUUUAUACCCAAAAUAACUGAAG